GAAAUGACCUCUCUUGGCGACGUAUUGAUGACUAGAUAUUAGAUUAAGUUGCAAACGCUGUCUCUAGAACCUCAUCUGAGUGGUAAUUGAGAAAUCACACCAAUAUUUUUGACGAAACAAAAGGAAAAAAACCUGCUGCUCGUCAGUUUCCACCCACGCAGUCAGAAUUCACUUGGACCAUCGCAAACAUCCACCACCACUUACGCUCAUCACAUCAGGCACACAUUUGAUCCAUAUUUCCAGACACACGCUUCCAUUUUUCACUGCAAUGGCCUCUGGGAAUAUGAUUUUCUCCCUCAUCCUCCCAAAUGUUCACAAUGUCCUCGUGGCAAACGUCUCAGAACACUUUCACCAUGCGAGGGCACAGCUGGAGCCUUACACAAGCUACGUUUAUGGUGUUAGUAUACUUACUACCUCGAUCCCCGAGCUGCCUACCCUGAUACGUGUAUUUAAAGAUCAAAUGCUAAAAUGUCCUUUCAAUUUCUAGUCAAGGAAUAGCUUCCUCAGCCUGUCAGACAGGUACUAUCUGGCUCUAUUUUUGAUCUGCGCGCCACUGGUUUUGGGGCUUGCGGCUGUUGAACUUUACCUGCGCCAAAGUCCAAAUGAAGAUGAAAAUCUGGGGGACGUGGCUGAAGCGGAAAAGAGAAGAUGAAGAAGAGAAAUAAAAGAAAAGAAAUAAAAAGACAUUUUUCCAGUCUUAAGAUGUUCCAAAAUUAUCGCAUCAGCAAUACUUGCAUGUUACUUGUUACC